AUGCUGAACUCUUGGAUCUCGACACUAUUCCUGCUUUCAGCGUCCUCAAUAGCUCGGGACAUUACUUUCCCACCAGUUUCACCACUGCAGGCAAACCUAGGAAGUCAUGCAGGCCAAUAUCGAGCAUCCGUCGCCUCGGGCCAGGAUCCCUUGGCUGAGUCCAGCAAGUACGCUGGGCUAACCACCUUUGCCAAUCUUCCAUGGUUACAUUGCUUAUCGCCCGACGACAAUGUCGACAAGUAUGAUAUUGCCUUUUUGGGAGCACCUUUUGACACAGGCACUUCGGCUCGACCAGGGGCGCGAUUUGGUCCAACGGGAAUCAGAUGGGGUUCUAGACGAAUUCAAGCUGCUGCGGGAUGGGAUGCGUACACCCACGAGAACACGUUCCUGAGCUGGGCGCGCAUCGUGGAUUGCGGCGACGCACCACUCACUUUUCUAGACAACACCGCAGCCUUGCAGCAACUUGAAAAGGCGCACAGGGUGGUUUCUGGCCGAACAGCCAAUGCCACAGAAGUGGCCGAAGUCCCUCGCAUCAUCACGUUGGGAGGUGAUCACACAACCACGUUGGCGGCAUUGCGCUCAACCAUCAGCCACUGGGGCCCUGUCAGUGUCAUACAUUUUGACAGCCAUAUAGAUACCUGGGACCCCAAAGUCAUUGGUGGCGGGAUAUCCCACUAUGCUGGGCUGAACCAUGGCACAUUCCUUCAUAUUGCCCACGAAGAAGGCCUCAUUCUCAACUCUUCGGCACACGCAGGCAUACGAGCUCCAGCCCUCAACAAGAACUAUGACUGGAAAAACGACAAACGCUGCGGGUUCGAGAUUAUAACUGCGAGGGACAUUGAUAAAAUCGGUGUUGCGGGUAUCAUCGACAAGCUCAAAGCUCGAGUGGGCGGCACGAAUGUCUACAUCUCGGUCGAUAUUGACGUCUUGGAUCCUGCAUAUGCUCCGGCCACAGGUACUGCUGAAGUCGGCGGCUGGACCACUAGAGAGCUCCUCAGCAUCUUGGAUGGCCUUGAAGGUGUGAAGGUGAUUGGAGCUGAUGUGGUGGAGGUUGCUCCGAUAUACGACAAUCCUGGAGAAACCACUGGCCUCGCAGCUGCAGAGGUGGCCCACCGACUCAUGAACCUGAUGGUCGAGACUCCGGUGAAGCCAUUGAGGAAGGAAGAUGGUAGAACUUAG